CAAAAGUGUUCGAUUUAUUUAUUCAUUGUCUUAUUCUUAUUUAAAUUUAUUUCUUUGCUUUUCAUUCAAAACCGAAAAAAUAUAAUGGAUAUUUAAUAUGGCGUGGAUACAAUGAAAGGAUUUGGAGAGAAAUCAAAUGUGGAUAUAGUGUGUGGACAUGCUGACAGAUUAUUUGAGAGAUGUUUUGCAAAUAGUGAAGAUUUUAAUGCAUCGAAGAUUUUCUUUCAGAAUACGACAAAGAGAAAAAUUCCUUAUAGUACAGUUGAGAUUGACUACAACUGCAAAUUAUUCAAUCGUGGCUUACAAUGUUACCAUGACUAUACUGAAAAGUGCAUGGAUGCGAUGAAUAAACGUCUUAUAAAUGGUGAAGUGGAACCAGCAAAAAACUUUUACUCAAUGUUGUGCAAUGACAAAGAAUUCAAAAAAGAUUAUCUGAACCAUAGAGAAUGUUUUCGUUACAUUGAGAAGGAUUUCGAGGAAUGUACAGCACAUUACCAGAAUGUUAUAGAGAAUGAAUUCAAGCGGAUAGAGAGGGAGAAAAAGAGCAACAUUAAUGUUCAAUACAUGCAAUUUUGCUGUGCUCGUUACUCAUAUGAGAAUUGUGUAUAUAACAGCGCCUGGUCUAAAUGUAAUGCAAAGUCAGCAAAAUUCACAAAAAGUAUUGUAGAAUUACUGUCAAGUGAGCGACAAUUUAAAAAUUGUGCAAAAAUUGAAAAAACUCUUUGUUCGGAUGCUUCGGGUAGCUUCCACGGAUUCAACAUGAUAAUGUAUCUCUUAUGUUCGUCUUCUAUUCUAAGUGGUAUGUUACUGAUAAGACAACUCUAAUUUAUGUUAAAUUGCUGAAUGUAAAAUGUAAUAAAAUUUAUUAUCACAUAACACGUACCAACAUAGAUCCACAAGCUCGAUUGGUGGUUAAUUUAAAAUUAAAUUCAAAUUGAAGACGCGAACAGUUUGGGGGUUGUUCGUUAAUUACGGACAUUGAAAUUAAACUGUGCAAUAAAUGAUUGGUUCUGCUCAGUGAAUGUCAAUUUUAGUCAAAUGACAGCUCAAAAGCGAAGACUGGGUGGUAAAAAACCUUUGACAGGAAAGAUUCUGCUUGCUAGAAUCCCCCCCCCCACCCUCCACCUCCCUCGCCACUUUAGGUACUUUGAUAAAUAUUGAUGUAGUCUUUAUUAAUUUCAAAGUCACCAAUAUUUUUACCUCCUGUUUUUGACUCCUGUAUAAAGGCCUAGCCACAAAAUUUUUUGAGGGGGGUACCGAAUUAAGGGGGGGGGGGGGGGUGUUGUUGCAUGGAUGAGAGAAUUUGAAGUGACGAGAUGAUAAGAUUAAGAAAUUAAGAUUUUUUUAUAUUUUCUACCAUGACAAAUUCUUGAAGAGGGGAUUUGAAAAAUGAGACGUCAUUUAUGAACGGCCCCCAUAGAAAAUUUUAAAGCUUUUUGCAAAAACAUAAACAAACUUAUAUCUUUCCUAGCCGAUAGCAAUAGAAAAAAUUGUUCUUAAAUAUCAAUUUUUCUUCCUUUAUCUAUUUCUUAACAUCAUUCUGUAUUCUGUUUAAAUUACUGUCGAGAAAUAACAUUUCUCAUUAAUCUAUUUUCAUUAAGUAAUUUAUUAUCUAAAGGAUAAUACAAUGAAAUGAAUAUUUAUAGAGGAAAUGAGAUGUAAGAAGGAGAAAAUUGUUAUAAGCAAAUUAUAUUGUAAUAGAAUUUAACGAGUUGUUGCUGACUCAAUAAGUCUCUUGAAUGGAAAGCAAGGUGUUACGAAUUUCCAAUUCUAAAGCUUGAAAAGUCAAGAAGAAAAAGUUUGGCAUUAAAAUUUGAUUGCUUAAUUUUCAACAUAGUGUGAUCUGAGAUAGCAUAAUACUAAUAAUAAUUAAAAAUGAUUAAAAUAAUGAAGAAGAGUUCCAAGAAUGUGUGUGGAACCAGAGGCGAAAUUAUCAAGAUUGUAUAGAGAAUUUAUUGUACCAUAAAAUAUAAUUACAUGCUUUUGUAGGCAAAAACUUAUAAAAUUAAUUUUAUAUUUCUAGAAUAAAACAUUAUUAACCUUAAGAAGCUUAGACAAGAUCACUAUUUCACUCACA